UAUCUUAAUUUUUAUUCCUUUCUUAGCUUCUUUCUCUUCAUAAUUCCAACUUAUUUAAUUUCAAUUCUGUUUCUCUCUCUGACAUGACCCUCCUCCCACGUUGCCAUCACCAUUACUACACACGACAAGAAUCAGUGGCCAACGUUUGUUGGUAUAGACUAUAAAGACAUAAUUUUUCAAAGAAUUCGUUUAUGCCCAAUUGUUAUUUUGGCCAUGAGAGGGACAACCUGACACGCAACCCAAGCUACUUGCCAAAAGACAACGUCAAUCCUAUUUAAGUAAAGCUCCAAAUUCAGAUUUUUCUGUACUCCACACCUGAGUUGUUGCCUUCUCAUGUUAAUUUGUGUUGGGUUGCAUAAAACAUAAAUGAAUCUUGUGCUUUUUCCGUGGGUUUGAGAUGGAUGAGGAUGAUGAUGAAGGAAAACUAUGUGAUCUUUCUCUCUCUUCAAGGAUCAAAGGGAAAUUAGAUUAAUUGUGAUGAUGAUGAUCAGAGAGGAAAAGGGUGUGAAGCCUGUUCUACUAAAAUUUGGUUUGGCUUUGGCUCUUUCAUUUGCUGGAUUUAUCUACUCACGCCUCAGAACCAGAAGAAUCAAGCCCUCCAAGUCACGCAAGGGGUGUUCUUUCGGGGCAGCAUUAAGUACUUGCAACGCCAUUUCAGAGGGAAAUUUUCUAUGUUCUGAAGAAACAUGCAUCAACAAGGUGAUAAGUGAUAAAUCUCCCAUUUCUCUCUCUCCUGACAGUACACAAAAUGGAGAUGAAGAUGAGUUCCUCCUACCUGAAUUUAAUGAUCUUGUUAAGGACGUAGACUUUGAAGCCACUGUUGUCAGAAAUUCUUUUAAAGAAGAUAUGGGAGCAGCAUGGUUAAAAGUAGGAUCUUCUAUAGCAUAUUCUGGUCCCGAGAAGGAUGACUAUGAGCAAGAGGUACGUCAACUCAGGAACAUGAUUAGAAUGCUUCAAGACAGGGAACAAAGUCUUGAGGUUCAACUGCUUGAGUUCUGUGGUCUUAGAGAGCAAGAAACAGCAGUGAUGGAGCUCCAAAAUAGAUUGAAAGCAAGUACCAUGGAGGUAAAGAUCUUCAAUCUAAAGGUUAAGACCUUACAGUCUGAGAAUUGGAGAUUAAAGGAACAGGUUGCUGAUCAUGAAAAAGUGCUGACUGAGCUUGAGAAUGCAAAAGCGCAAGUCGAAUUGCUCAAUAAGAAAAUUAGGCAUGAAACUGAACAGAAUAGGGAGAAGAUCAUAACUCUUAAACAGAAAGUUUCAAGGUUGCAAGACCAAGAAUGCAAAGAUGCUGCUUAUGAUCAAGAUAUUCAAAUAAAGAUGCAAAAGCUAAAGUAUCUUGAGUCUGAAGCAGAAGAGUUGAGGAAAUCUAAUUUAAGAUUGCAGAUAGAAAAUUCUGACUUAGCUCGAAGAUUGGAUUCUACCCAGAUCCUUGCAAAUGCAUUUCUGGAAGACCCAGAGGCAGGUGCUGUGAAGCAAGAAAGUGAGUGUCUUAAACAAGAAAAUGUGCGCUUGAUGAAGGAAAUUGAGCAAUUUCAGUCUGAUCGAUGUUCAGAUCUUGAAGAAUUGGUAUAUCUGCGGUGGAUAAAUGCUUGCUUGCGAUAUGAACUAAGAAAUUAUCAAGCCCCACCUGGUAAAACAGUUGCAAAGGACUUAAGCAGAAGCUUAAGCCCUAUGUCUGAGAAGAAAGCCAAGCAGCUUAUACUUGAAUAUGCAAAUGCUAAUGGACCAGGGAACAUUGUGGACUUUGAUAUAGACCAAUGGUCCUCCUCACAGGCUUCUUCUAUCACUGACUUUGGAGAGUGUGAUGAUUUUUCUUCUGCUGAUAAUUCAUCUGCUGCCAGAACUAACACAAACCCGACCAAACUUUUUGGCAAGCUCAGGCAACUGAUACAAGGUAAAGGUAGUAGUCAUCACCAUAGUCAUGCUUCAUCACAAGAAAAAUCUGGAUAUCAAGAUAGCAAUCCUCUUUGUUUGAGCACAUCAACCAGAAGUGAGGGUCUUAGGAGUGAGUUUGCAACCCCCAUUGCCACCUCUAGAACUUCCCUUGAUUUCUCUAGUUUGACGAGUGUGAAGGAAGGUGAUAGGAGAAAUUCAGAUAGUUGUGUCAUGGGAAGCUCAAAUAAAUUCAGUACACGAAAAAAAGGUUCCUUUUCAGAUUCCUUAGGCUUGGAGAAAAAUAAUUUGGAGAAAUAUGCAGAAGCUUUAAAAGAUUCUAGCGUGAGUGCUACACAUCAAAGACGUAGAAGAUCAGCAUCAUGUAGUUAGUUUAUUGUAACUUAUUAUCAAUAUGCAAAGAUCUUAUCCUUUUGAACUGUGAAUAUCAUGCAUUAGAAAUAUAGGUGGUACAGUAGACAACGUAAAUUAGCCGUUAGGUUAGUUCAGACACCAUCCAUGUAUUAAAUAAGAAUGCAUUUUCAGUCAUAGGCUUACUUCAAAUAAGAAUGCAUUUUCAAUCAUUGUCAUACUUCAAUAUUAUCUUAGUUCAUAUUACCACUGUACAACAUUUUUUAUCUUGGAAAAUGAUAGUUGUCACAAUUUUUUUUC